UCGUCGAUAAACGACCUACCGACGGACGGUGUAGACGACGACAACGGACAACUGGAUGACAAAUUGAGUGCUUCAUUUCAAAAUACAUGGAUCAUUUUUCAAACAGAACGGAAUUAAUAAAAAACAAACAUAUCUAAGCAUUAGUUCCGUCUGAGUUACAUAAGAUCGCAGGAGUGCAUUUUGAAGUGUCAAAUGUGGGUCAUCACAUCUCAUAUUCACUUAUUUUUGUUUCAUAUGAUUAUUUAAUGUGAUGUGCGUUCUUCUUUUGUCAUGCUCUCUUAUUUCGGAAGUGUUAAGGCCAUAAAUGAAUUUUAAUUAUUCGCCGUAAUUCAUGUUGGUGUUCUUAAUUGACGGAUGUUUGACACAGUGAAUAAAUUAUUUAACUAGGUGACGUUUUGCCGACGGGAAAAAAUACUUAUUUAUGAUUGUUAUUGAAAAUGAUUUUGAAAAGUUAAUGUCAUUUAUGUAGUCUAAAGUUAUUUAGAUAGAAGUGAAGUAAUAAGUCUUUGUUUCAAAAAUAUACAUAUUUUCAAAAUUAACAUCAAUUUUAAGUGGAACUUAGUUGGUACACGUAAAGCUUUUGGGAUAAUUGAAGUGGAAUUGGAGGUGUGGGUGUUUUGGUAAACGCCACCAGUAGAAUAUGUUGUAUAAUGUACCCUGUUAUAACAACUUUACAACGCUGGAUUACUACAAGGUUAAACGUCCCAAGACAGAACAUUCGGAUUCUAAUGACAGAAGCAGACAAUGCAGUGGGCCACAAUCAUCGCUUAACACUGGCCAGUGUAGUCCUCUAACGCUGCCUCAUAGUUUGCAAUCAUCAUCAUUAAAUAACAAUUGUAGCGGUUCCUCAUCUAGCCUAGGACAACAUCCAACAUCCACAUUGGCACUCUCAGCUACCGCUGCUGUUUCACUGCCCACCUUCGCACAAUCAACUCCAAUUUCCUCCACAAUUUUACCUCCCUCAUCGCAUCAGCAACAUUCACAUUCUCAUUCACAACACCAUCAGCAACAGCAGCAGCAGCAGCAACAACAUCAACAACACCAGCAACAACAACAACAGCUGCUGGCUUCAUCAGCUUCAUUAGCGCACAGUCUUGGACAACACGCGACAUCUCACCACAUACCCGCCACUUCUCAUGUAUCAAAUAGCUCAGGUUCACCAUUAGGCACGAACGGUGGCAGCAGUGGUAGUGGUCAGCAGCUGCACCUGUCAUCGAAUUCGGGUGAUGCUACAUCAUCGAGUUUGUCAUUGCAUACGACUAGCUUGAAUUUGUCAUCGGUCGCGGCAUCAUCAUCAGUAUUGGCAUCAUCGGCGGCGUCAACGGGACAGGGUGGUCGAUUGGGAGCACACUCUGACCUGGGCAUGUCCCAUUGGCUAGCAGCCGCUGCCGCCGAAUCCAACAUCAGUGCAACGGUGAAAUCGGAGAAUCGAAGUCCCGGCUUGGACGCAGUUGGUCCAGGUGGCCUCUUGCCACCAACGGGCAGCAGUCACCUCUCGGAGAGUACGGCUUCGUUGUUCUGUUCGAAUCCGAGUUCAGCUGAUUUUCGCCUCGACGGAAGUUCAAGCUCCGGCGCAGGUGUGCAGUCGGGUAAUUCGGCGACUUCAGCGAGUGCCUACGAGACUAAGCAGGAGUACUACAAUUACUACAACAGCAUGCAGCAAUACACCCCACCGUUCUACCCCACCUAUGGCUCGCCGUACACAACUCGAGCGGCGAAGAUUGCCUCUCCAAAUGCCUACCUCACCUCCAGCUAUGCAGCUGCUGCAGCGAACAACAACACCGCUUCCCAGCUCUACCCCACCUAUGGCUACAAUAAUUUCCCACAAUUCGGUACAGCCGCCCAACAGGACUACACCGGAUACUACAAUGAUCAAUACAGCAAUUACUACAAUCAUGCCGCAGCGGCAAAUUAUUCCCCCUAUGCGGUUAGUUCCCCCGGCUCGAGUGCAAGCCACGGCUUCCAUGUGGCCGCAUCUAACCUCUCGGAGAGUCCCUCCGAUGGGCAUUCAUCAACGCCAAUUCUGACACACGCCCACUCACCACACUCUCCCCUACCCAUAUCACCAAACGCCACAAUGCCCAAGACAACCCCGCCAACCGGAAAGAGUGGAACUGGUCGGGCGCGUGGUCGACGGCACGCGCAACCAUCGCCCACAAGAAGCACCACUUCCGAAACACCCAAUGCCGACACUGUGAAACCACCGGAACGAGUCUUUAUCUGGGACUUGGAUGAGACGAUAAUUAUUUUCCACACUCUGCUCUCCGGUUCCUAUGCCAAUCGGUAUUCCAAAGAUCAUAGCACGCUUAUGACCAUCGCGUUUCGGAUGGAGGAAAUGGUCUUCAAUAUGGCCGAUUCGCAUUUUUUCUUCAACGAAAUCGAAGAAUGUGAUCAAGUGCAUAUCGAUGAUGUGUCAUCCGACGACAAUGGUCAGGAUCUGAGUAACUAUAAUUUCGCGACGGACGGAUUUCACACGGGUGCUCCAGCGGGAGCACCACCAAAUCUGUGCCUGCCGACGGGAGUGCGAGGCGGAGUGGAUUGGAUGCGAAAGCUGGCCUUUCGCUAUAGGAAAAUCAAGGAGAUCUACAAUACCUAUCGGGGAAAUGUGGGUGGACUUCUUGGGCAACCAAAACGUGAUACAUGGCUUCAAAUUCGAUCUGAUAUCGAAAUUGCAACAGACAAUUGGGCAUCUUUGGCAACAAAAUGUCUAAAUAUGAUUUCCCAGCGUGAAAAUUGUGUUAAUGUCCUGGUGACAUCAACGCAGCUAGCACCUGCCCUUGCCAAGGUCCUGCUCUUUGGACUGGGGCAAAUAUUUUCAAUUGAGAAUAUUUAUAGCGCACAUAAAAUUGGUCAAGAAACCUGCUAUGAGAGAAUAGUGACCAGAUUUGGUCGUAAAAGUACCUAUGUUGUGAUUGGCGAUGGCGCCGAAGAAGAGGCUGCAGCUAAAUCAAUGAACUUUCCAUUUUGGCGAAUAUCAAGCCAUAGUGACAUUAGAGCGCUGUACACUGCCCUCGAUAUGGGAUUCUUAUGAAAACUUUAUUUAUUCAUAAAAAAUAAAAUGUUUAAAUAUUUUGUAUGUUUAUUUAAAAUUAAAAACAUUAUCAUACAAUUUACUCACCAAGCAUUUAAAAAUCUAAAUUUGAAGCAAAAUAAAAUGCUGAAUCUUUUUUAAAACGCACGAAUGAUAUAAUUGAGAAGACUAUAUAUAAAAAUAAAAAACUUUAUAUACAUUUAAAACAAUGUUAUAUAUAAAAAGUAUUUGUACAAACAAAAAUUUAUAAACAAAAUUAUGUUGAUGUUUAAUUUUACGUAGUAAAGAACAAAAAAAAAACAUAUUAACAAAAAUUCCUAGUAUACAUUAAUAAUUAUAAAAAACUGAUUUUUAACUUUCUUUGUUUUUUAAAACAAAUUAAUUUAAAUAUUUUA